GAAGGGGAGGUUGCCGGCCCAGUUGCGACACUCCAAUUCAGCUUUCCCAGUCUGCUGCGCCUGGUGGCAGUAGCCCGGUGCAUCCCUCUGGGGCCAGUCUGCAGUUUUCACGUGAACAAUAUGGAGGCUGACCUGUCUGGCUUUAACAUCGAUGCCCCCCGCUGGGAUCAGGGCACCUUCCUAGGGCGUGUGAAACACUUUUUUAACAUCACCGAUCCGCGUACUGUCUUUGCAUCAGAGCAGGAGCUGGACUGGGCCAAGGUGAUGGUGGAGAAGAGCAGGAUGGGGCUUGUGCCCCCCGGCACUCAGGUGGAGCAGCUGCUGUAUGCGAAGAAGCUGUAUGACUCGGCCUUCCACCCUGACACCGGGGAGAAGAUGAACGUCAUCGGGCGGAUGUCCUUCCAGGUCCCCGGCGGCAUGCUCAUCACAGGCUUCAUGCUCCAGUUCUACAGGACAAUGCCUGCGGUCGUCUUCUGGCAGUGGGUGAACCAAUCCUUCAAUGCCUUAGUCAACUACACCAACAGGAAUGCGGCCUCCCCCACAUCCGUCAGGCAGAUGGCGCUCUCCUACUUCACAGCUACAACCACUGCGGUGGCCACUGCAGUGGGCAUGAACAUGUGGACAAAGAGAGCUCCACCCUUGGUGGGCCGAUGGGUGCCCUUUGCCGCCGUGGCUGCAGCUAACUGUGUUAAUAUCCCAAUGAUGCGACAGCAGGAACUCAUCCAGGGCAUCUGUGUGAAGGACAGGAACCAAAAUGAGCUUGGCCAUUCUCAGAGAGCCGCAGCUGUGGGCAUCACCCAAGUGGUUAUUUCUCGGAUCACCAUGGCAGCCCCUGGCAUGAUCUUGUUACCGGUCGUCAUGGAGAGGCUGGAGAGGCUGCACGUGAUGAAGAAAGUGAAAGUGCUGCACGCCCCGCUGCAGGUCUUGUUGUGUGGGUGCUUCCUCCUCUUCAUGGUACCAGUGGCGUGUGGGCUCUUCCCUCAGGAAUGCGAAUUACCAGUGUCCUAUCUAGAACCAGAGCUACAGAACACCGUCAAGGCCAAGUACGGAGAACAAGCCCUCUUUGUCUACUUUAAUAAGGGUCUCUAAGUGCCCGAGCCUGCAAGGACCAACCCUGGAUGGACCAGCUUUUUCCUGGCAGCUGUGCAUACCUGUGUCCACAUUCCUCUUGCAGUAAGGUCUGAGCCAGGCUAGAUUGGAAAAUAGAGUAGGUGGGUGGGGAGGGAGACAGUUACCUAAUUUAUUGGACCAUAGAACAAAAAUUCAAGAGGGGAUGGAGGUGGUGGUAGGGUGUAACUCAGUUGGGAGUGUUUGCCUAGCACCCACUCAGAGCCCUGGACCCAACCCUUGGCACUAUGUGAUUCAGGCAUGGUUUUAUACGCUGGUGAUUCUUGUACAUGGGAGGUAGGCAGGAGGAUUAGAAGUGCAAAGUCUGGGGGUAAGUGGUGGUGCACGCCUUUAAUCCCAGCACUCGGAGGCAGAGGCAGGCAGAUCUCUGUGAGUUUGAGGCCAGCCUGAUAUAUAGAAGGAGUCCAGGACAGCCAGGGCUGCCUAAAGAAACCUUGUCUGGAAGAAAAAAAAAAAAGUUCCAAGUCAACCUUACCUACAUGGGCAAUUUCAGGCUAGCCUGAGUUAGAGACAUUGUCUCAAAAAAGUGAGGGAUGAAGGACAGACGUAUUCUGUCUGCUUUGUCCUUGACUCCUGUCCCUUGGGUCCAGAAGCCGAGGCCUUCUCAGGAGAUACUUUUAUACUUACAUAAUCUGGAGUAAUUAGGAAACUCGUGAAUCUUUUCCAGUCAAGACCAUAGAUGGACUAAGUCCCCUUCCUCUUUCCUCCCACUUCCUCCUUCCCAAGCAAGGGAGACACCUCUAUGAUUCUGAAAGGCUUUUUAUCAUUUAUCUUUAUUUUAUGUGUGUGGGGGUUCGCCUUCAUCUAUUUGUCUCUGUGUACAGUGUCCACAGAGGUCAGAAGAGGGUGUCAGGUCCUCUGUAGCUGGAGUUACCACUGUGAGCCUCGUGUGUGCUGGAAAUCAAACCCAGGUCCUCUGGAAGAGCAGCCUCCGCUCUUACCUGCUGAGCUAUCUCUCCAGCUUCCUAUCGGGAAGAGAAGAGGGACUGGUGUGUAGGCCCUUAGGAACUCAUUAUUCCCUUCCCCAUUGUGCCCCGACUUAGAUGCCUCAUUGGGAAUGUUGCUGGAUCUGAGUUUUCAGCAUUUAGAGUCAUUUGUACUGAAAAAGACAAACAGCUGGACAAAUACCAAAGAGACUGUAGGAAAGAGGUACUGAUAUACUGAUAGGAAAGAGGUACCUCUGAGCAGAAAUCCACCAGGUCCAAAGAAACUUAAGAGUGUAUGGGGUCGGGGUGGGGAUGCACUUCUGUAAUCCCAGCAUUCAGGAGGCAGAGGCAGGAGGAUUGCUGAAUUGGAGCCUAGCCCAGUCUACAGAGUGAGUUCCAGGGUCACACAGAGAAAAAUCCUGUUUUGAAAAACAAAACAAAACAAAACAAAAAAGUGUACAUAGUCAUUUCACCAAAUUUUGUGGAGCAUCAAGUUCUAUCCCUUCGAUAAUGACUUUAUUCUGUCUUGAUAUCACAUCCAGAUCCAUUUCUGGGACCUUUAUUUUGAGAGAAGUCUCUUCUCUAAUUGCCUUCUCUGUUUUACAAGUCCUUCACUGUGAGUGAAGGCACCUGCCACACAUUCCAGUGGGAAUCCUAUCCUGGCAGCCUCCCUUCCUCAGCCCAUUCAGUCAGAUACCAAAGAGCCUGGUGUGUGCUGAUGGGUCAGGGAGCUGUACUCAGAUCCCUCUGAGAGGAAAUCCACCAGGACCAAAGAGCCUCAGGAGACACAGCAAAGGGCAACUUUAGUUCCUGCCUUAUUCCUUCAGCCUUCGGGGACUGUGGCUUACCUGGGGCCAAUGUGGAUAUGAAUUUUGUCUGGCAAAAUUUGUGACCUUGUCCAAACUCAUCAUUAUGAACUGAAUAAAUGAUUUGAAAGAACAUGAAA